AUGAAAUACUUCACUGACGUAAAGAAUGAAAUACGGGAGAGACAAGCCAAUGUGCAGAAAUUUGCCACCUCACAGCCCAAGUCAAUCAAUGACUUCGAAAUUGAGAUGGCACCUGGUGUGCACUUGGGACAGAAGAACAUUCCAAUCUCAUCGAAUGUGGUCGGCUGCACCCCGCCUAUCGCACGAGAGAUUCCAAAUGCCACAGUUGCGGCAGUGCAUUAUGCUGGAGCCGACCAGAUCUAUAUUCUCGGGGGUGUUCAGACCGUGGCUGGAAUGGCCAUCGGUACCGAAAGCAUCCUUAAAGUAGAUUUCAUCGCUGGCCCUGGUAAUGCAUUUGUGGCUGAAGCAAAGCGUCAACUCUUUGAUGAUGCAGCCGAUCCUUUCACCGUCGCGACCGAUCUUCUGUCUCAGGCAGAACACGGUCUUGAUUCCCUUGUUGUUCAGAUCACAACAUCGGAGGAUGUUGCAAACAAGACCAUGCGAUAUAUUGAUCAGUUGUUGAAGAAUCUGGAAACUGCGCGUUUAGCAGGUGAGUCUUGGAAGAAUCAUGGCGAAGUGGUCGUGGUGGACAAUCUCGACGAAGCGUACAAAUUAGCCGGCGAAUAUGCACAUGAACACGUUCAAAUCCUGACAAGAAACCCGCGUGAUGUUCUUGAGAAGAUACAGCACUAUGGUGCUUUGUUCCUGGGCGAGAAGACUUGCGUUUCGUAUGAGGAACAGGUGAUCGGUACAAACCAUGUGCUUCCCACCCGCAAAGCAGCUCGGUACACUGGUGGACUAUGGGUAGGAAAAUUCCUUCGCACUGUCAUAUACCAAGAGAUCACGUCGGAUGAGGCCAGUGGCAAGCUCGGCCAGCUAUGUGGAAGAGCUGCACGUACCGAAAACUUCGAGGGUCACGCCCGCUCCGGAGAUUUGCGCGCACACAAGUACCUCAACGAUGAAUAUAGGUGGAUCAAGCAGGGUCUAUCUCGCCCUCAGCACAACCUUUGA